AUGACUAAUCAAGCAUCGUCACCACUUUGGAGCUUCGGAACAACAAAAACAUUUCAAAUUCCCAUUGAACAUCUGGAUUUCAAAUUUGUUGAAAAUUGUUCAGAUGUUAAGCACUUGGAAAAGAUUAUUAUUGUACUCAGGUCCGGCGAGGAAGGCUAUUACCCUGAACUCCUAGAAUGUUGUGAAAAACGCCUUCACAGCCUGUGUCCUGAAAGCAGAGUCUUGCGAAAAGAGAAACCUGCAGCCACAGCAUCCAGCUUUACACGGGAAGAGUGGGAAAAAAUCGAUGGGGACAUAAAGAGUUGGGUAUCAGAAAUAAAAAAGGAAGAUUCUAAGAUUCAUUUUCAUGAAAUGGACACAUUUCAAGAAUUGGAAGAUCACUUGCCUCCAGUUCGUGGUUCUGAUAGCUCUCUUCAAAAUGGCAAGGAGAAAGAUAAUAAAUCUAGACCCUCUCAAAAGAAGGGAGCACCAAGAGAUUAUGCAGAAUGGGAUAAAUUUGAUGUGGAAAAAGAAUGUGCAAAGCUUGAUGAAGAUUAUAAAGAAAAUACUUCACCAAACAGCAAGUCACAUUUACUUAAAAUUGAGAAGAAUAUUGAUACAAUAGGUCUGACUGACAAAGAAAAAGAUUUCCUAGCUACUCGUGAAAAAGAAAAAGGGAACGAAGCUUUCAGUUCAGGUGACUAUGAAGAGGCUGUGACAUAUUACACUAGGAGCAUAUCGGUUUCUCCCAUGGUGGCUGCAUAUAACAACAGAGCUCAAGCAGAAAUCAAGCUAAGUAACUGGAAUAACGCUCUUCAGGAUUGUGAAAAAGUCUUGGAGUUGGAACCUGGAAACUUAAAGGCUUUUAUGCGACGUGCCACUGUGUAUCAACAUCAAAAGAAGUACCACGAAGCAAUAGAGGAUUUGAAGAAAGUGCUAAACAUCGAACCAGAUAAUGUUAUGGCGAAGAAAAUCUUGUCAGAAGUUGAAAAAGAACUGAACAAGCCUCAGCCUGAAUCUGCUCCCAAAACCAAAGGGAAGAGAAUGGUUAUUCAGGAAGUAGAGGAUUCAGAGGAUGAAGAUGGAAAAAGAAGUGGAGAACAUGAAAAUGGCAGUGGAGAUAAGAAAAGCGAUGUGCCCCUGGGAGGAAAGCCCAGAAGUGACAAGACUGCCAUGGGGAACGUGCAGAACAAGCUCACUGGCAAAGGCAAUGGGAAAAAGUUACGAGGAAAGGAGACCCAGAAGUGCAGAGCUCACACGGUGAGAGGAGGCACCCCUGAGGGACAGAGCUCCAAACCCUCCCCCGGGCUCGGAGAGGGAGCCAAUGGCCACGUCCGGAGUGACAGAAGCGCAGGUGGGGGCAGCGAGGCCAAGGACGACCACCGGCUGGGGCUGGCCCCCCCACCGACGCCCCUUCCCACCGCCACUGCUGCCCAGCUGAAAAGUGAAGGCAAUGAGUUAUUCAAGAACGGGCAGUUUGGGGAGGCAGUGCUUAAAUACUCUGAGGCCAUCGAAAAACUCCGGGCUAAUUUAGGAAGUGAAAGUACAGAUGAACUAAGUAUCUUGUACUCAAAUAGAGCAGCAUGUUACCUCAAGGAAGGCAACUGCAGUGGCUGCGUUGAAGAUUGUAACAGGGCCCUGGAACUUCAGCCAUUUUCUAUAAAACCUCUCUUGAGACGAGCAAUGGCAUAUGAAACCACAGAGCAAUAUCGGAAAGCUUAUGUAGAUUAUAAAACAGUAUUGCAAAUAGACAACAGAAUACAGUCGGCCAAUGACAGCAUUAACAGAAUAACAAAAACUUUAAUAGAUCAAGAUGGCCCAACUUGGAGGGAGAAACUAUCACCGAUUCCAACUGUUCCCUUUUCAGUUCAGUUACAUAGAUUGGAUGGAGGAGAUCCUGCAGCCCAGAUGACACAAAAUGGAACAACUGAUUCCGGGCACCAUCAAAAAUCUAAUGUCACAGGUGAAAAAUGUGAGGAAAUGCUUGUGGCCCUGAAGGAAGAAGGGAACGAAUUCGUAAAGAAAGGAAACUAUAAAGAAGCUCUUGAGAAGUACAGCGAAUGUUUGAAGGUGAAUCACAGCGAAUGUGUCAUCUACACCAACAGGGCUCUCUGCUACUUGAAGUUAGGCCACUUCGAAGAGGCCAGGCAGGACUGCGAUCGCGCUCUUGAGAUAGAAGAGUCUAACGUGAAAGCUUUCUACAGGAGAGGCCUUGCUCACAAAGGACUAAAGAAUUACCAGGAAAGUUUUAAUGAUCUCAGCAAAGUGCUUCUCAUAGACCCAAAUGUUUCUGAAGCAAAGAAGGAGCUGGGAGAGAUCACUGCAUUCCUUAAUAUCCAGGGCCAGGAGAAGGAAAGAAGGAAGAUAAAGAUUGAAGAGGUGAUGGAGGAACAGCCUGAAGAUGGUUCUCCAGAGAAUGUCUCAGUUACCUGCCACAAUUUGGAGAAAGGGCCAGCAGGCAGCAAACCCCCAGCGAAAGGCUUAGAAAAACUCCACAUCUCAAAACCUGCCAAUGCCUAUGAAUUUGGACAAGUUCUAAAUGCCAUAAACACCAGGAAAGAUGAAGAAGCCUGUGCAAAGCUCUUGGCUGUCAUAGACCCGAAAGAUCUGCCAGCAUUGCUGAGUAACAAACUGGAAGGGGAUACUUUUCUCCUCAUCAUCCAGGCUCUGAAAAAUUAUCUUCUUGACAAUGAUCCUGCACUGGUCUACAAGCAUCUUUUACAUCUAAGUAAAGCAGAAAGAUUUACGACAAUGUUGACACUGCUCAGCAAAGGACAAAAAGAACAAACCCAACAGCUGCUGGAGUUUCUUUCAGAUAAAUCAAACCCUGCAUUUUCAUUAGAGGAUGUACAGAACUUGAAGAAACAUUAUGAACUCUAAGCCAAGAUGUUUUUUUAGAAUUUCUCCAUCCAUGAGUGUAUCCCAUGAAUAUUUGUGGAUUGGGGUUCUAAACUGCUUGGUGGGAUGGAUGAAGUGUCAGAGCUUUGAAAGAAGCCCCCUUUCUCUGGACUGUGGAAGGUUUGCAAAUGAUUGUGUAUGCACAUUCUACAAUCUGCUGCUCACCCUCUCCUUGUAUAUAUUGGCUUCCCUAGAAAUUUAACAUCUGUUUAUUUAAUUAGUUGACAUAAUAUUGAUUUAUUUUGAAUAUAUUUAAGUACAUUUGCCUUUUGUAGCUUCCAUCUUUCCUUUUAGUCAUUCAUUUGGUAAAAUGAUUGAACUGAAUUUGUAUCUUCUUUUAUUCUGAAAAUAAGACCUUUCAAAGUUUAAUAGAAAUAUAUUUACUUAUUUGAUUUCAAAAAUCUAAUUCCUUGAAAAGCUGACUACUUUGUCUUUUUCAUUUCUUGUCAUGAAAUACAUAAAAGUUGUUUUUAUGCUGCUGAUGCAAUAUAAAUCUACUAAGAUGAAAUAGACACAAUCACAAAAAUACAGGGUAUCCCAGAAGUCUUAGUGCAGUGUAAGCUUUAAUAAGCACUAA